AUGUCAAGAACACAAGCUUCCUCUGAUGCAGAGGGUGGCAUAUCCAGUGUUGAAUUGCCUUCCUUCUUGGCAGUCUCUACCUGUCAACUAUUCAAAUCUUCCACUGAUUCAGAUCCUGAAUCAUCAGACGCUGAAUCAGCUUCACCUUCCGUGGCUUACGGUCACGGGCCACUUGAAACCUUCCGGAACUGUGUACUCGAGUACGCCUUGGAACUAUGGCGUGGAGUAUCUCCAAAUCAAGUCAAUGUUGAGCUUAUAGCAGGUAAAGAGUUCAACCGUAUCGUUGGUUUCUCUAAGCAGCCUGACGGGCAUCAAGAAGAGACUCAAUAUAUUCUACGGGAUAUCACGUUUUGCAUUCGCAAAGGUUGA